GCCCUAACCUCUCCCAGAAGACCAUCUUAACAACCAAUGACUUCCAAUAGAGUCUAGCACAAGAAAAAAGAUCAUCUUUCACCCCAUAUUUUCUUUUCUUUUCUGGUCUAAUUUAUUCUCCUUGAGUUCCCCCCACACAGAAAUUUAUAUUUUCUAUUAUUGUUUAUUGUAACAUACCUAAAGUAAUGCCUCUUAGCAAUAAGAAACUCUCAUUAAUCCUAGCAUUCAUCAACUUUUUCCUGCUUGCAUGUAGUGAACAACUCAACGCUUCUUCUGGUAUUCCUCCAGUCGCAUACCAGGCAAAGGCUCUAUUAGCAUGGAAAGCAGGUUUCGACAACCAGAGCCAAUCUGUCGUGGCGUCGUGGAAAGGAAAUAGUCCAUGCAGUAAGUGGAUUGGUAUUAGUUGCAGCAGAGGCGGAAAUGUGAUACGUAUAAGCCUUACUAGUUAUGGUUUAAGAGGUAAGCUUCAUGAUCUCAAUUUUUCAUCUUUGCCUAAUCUUUUAAAGAUUGACCUGUUCAACAAUUCGAUAUAUGGGACAAUCCCACAAGAGAUAGGAAAACUGAAGUAUCUGAUGUAUCUUGAAUUGGCAAGAAAUGGUCUCACUGGUAAGAUCCCGGAUUCUGUUGGAGAUUUACGGAAUCUCAGAGUUAUACAGCUCUAUGAAAAUCAGUUAUCUGGACACAUUCCUCCAACUCUUGGAAAUCUGACAAUGCUCGACAGUUUGUUCCUACAUUUGAACUUUUUGUCCGGUUCAAUUCCAUCUGAACUUGGAAAACUUAAGAACCUAGCCUACCUGAGAUUGUCGAGUAAUAAUCUCACCGGUACUCUGCCACUAGAAUUUAAUAAUCUCACGCGUUUAGUAGCUUUCCGUAUGAGUGAAAACCUUCUGACAGGUCCUUUACCAGACAAUAUCUGCGCUGGUGGUUUGCUUGAAAAGUUCACUGUACCAAACAAUCGGUUCACAGGCCCGGUUCCAAGAAGCUUAAAAAAUUGUACUAGCUUAUAUAGGCUUAGGCUUGAUGGGAAUCAACUUACUGGAGACAUCUCUGAAGCUUUUGGUGUAUACCCACAUUUAAAUUAUGUUGAUUUGAGCCGCAAUAAGUUUUAUGGCAAGGUAUCUUCAAAUUGGGGGCUCUGCAAGAACCUGACUAGCCUUAGGAUAUCUGAUAAUAAUAUGUCUGGACAGAUAUCACCUGAGCUGGGAAAGGCUACUCUUCUAGUUGAACUCGACCUCUCACGGAACCAUUUAGUUGGGGGUAUUCCAAACAGUUUAGCAAAUCUAGCUUCACUGCUUGAGCUUUUAUUGCACGAUAACAAGCUUUCUGGUGAUAUCCCUCCAGACAUUGCCAAACUCCCAAAUUUAGCCAAUCUUAAUUUGGGAAACAAUAAUCUGAGUGGCUUGAUUCCAAAAAACCUAGCAAUGUGCAGACAUUUGUUGAACUUGAACUUGAGCCAGAAUUGCAUAAGAGGGCGUAUUCCUUCUGAAAUUGGGAGUCUACAGUCUCUGCAAUAUCUUGAUCUUAGUUGGAAUUUGCUUACUGGUGAGGUGCCAAAAGUGCUUGGAGGACUAAGAAGUUUAGAGACAUUGAAUAUUUCGCAUAAUGAGCUCAAUGGUUCUAUAAAAUCAACUUUUGAGCUAAUGCAAAGUCUAAUCUCUGUAGAUAUAUCCUACAACCAACUUGAAGGUCCUCUUCCUGACACGAAAGCCUUUCGAGAGGCUCCAGUAGCUGCACUGGAAAAAAACAAAGGGUUGUGUGGCAAUAUAAUUGGCUUGGACAAAUGCCCAGGCAUACAACAUGAUGAAGGAAAGCAGAAACAACACAGAAAACUUUUCAUAUUGAUAUUGCUUUCUUUGUUGGCUGUUCCUAUUUUUCUAUACAUCUCGGCAUUGAUCGUGUAUUACCUUCAUCACAGAGCCCGGAACUUAAAAACUAAGGCAACCAUUGAGGACACAAAUUUGUUUACAAUAUGGAGCUAUGACUCGAAGAUCGUAUAUGAAGAGAUAGUGAGAGCCACAGACAACUUCAAUGCAGACCACUGCAUCGGGACAGGAGGCUCUGGAAGUGUUUAUAAGGCACAUUUUCCAAGUGGCCAGAAUUGGGCUAUCAAGAGACUUCAUGCACCAGAAGACGAGAUGUUGCCUGAUCUGAAGAGUUUCACAAAUGAAAUCCGCACCUUGACUUCCAUCAAGCAUCGUAACAUUGUGAAGCUUUAUGGAUUCUGUUCCAAACCACAGCAGUCUUUUUUAAUUUACGAGUUCUUGGAAAGAGGGAGCCUUUCAAACAUACUGAACAAUCAGAAAAUUGCAGCAAAUUUUGAGUGGAUUCAGCGACUAAAUGUCAUAAAAGAUGUAGUCAGCGGAUUAUCCUAUAUGCAUCAUGAUUGCAAGCCUUCAAUAAUACACCGCGAUUUAUCAAGCAAGAACAUUCUUCUGGACUCCAAUUCUGUGGCUCAUAUCUCUGAUUUUGGCACAGCAAGAUUUUUGAAGCCCAACUCUUCUAACUGGACAUCAUUUGCAGGAACUUAUGGGUAUUCUGCUCCUGAACUUGCUUACACAAUGAAUGUUGACGAGAAAUGUGAUGUCUAUAGCUUUGGAAUUUUGGCGAUGGAAGUGAUUAUGGGGAGGCAUCCAGGCGAUCUUGUUUCAUCCUUAUCAACCUCAUCAGCGCGGAGUUUUCAGUCAAGUGUUGAUGAAACUCUCGUCAAGGAUGUUGUGGAUCAGCGUCUCCCAUCUCCAAAAACUCAUGUGGCGGAAGAAAUGGUCUACAUUAUAAAGAUUGCAUUGGCAUGCUUGCAUCUUAUUCCACAAUGUCGGCCAACAUUUAGACAAGUAUCUCUUCAGCUAUCGAAACGAAGGCCACCCCUGCAAACUGCAUUCCACAUGAUUACUUUGAGCCAACUGCUUGACCCCAGACGCGAUCAGUCAUUGCAUUGAUCCCUCUCCAAGUCCAUUUGAGUCAGCAAAUUUUGUCUAGACCUGGACAGGCUUAAUGCAUACUUCUCACGUGAAUUGAAAUGCAAAUAUCUUGUUUACAUAAAUUUAAGAUCUAUAAGAACUACACUGUGAUUAUGUGCAUCUGACCUCUAAAUGCGGGAAAUUUCUCAUACCAGAGGAAUAAGAAAUGAAGAUAUGCUUAAGCUUAGUUUCAAGAAAUAGUGAUUAUAUGUAUUAUGUUACCAGGGUCAUCAUAUUGAUUUUUUGAAUAUUUCAUUCUUUGCCAAGGCUCUAAUAGACAGCAACGGAAACAAAACUAAAUAUAUGGCGACAUGGUGUAUGUGUGGCAGCCGGGGAGGGCUCUCUAGAUGAAGCAGUUUAAACUUGUCAAGUUAAUUCAUCUCUCUCAAGCACCCAAGCAAACAUCUAAGGCUUAGAAUUUAGAUU